UUUUGCAAUUUAAAAUUCCAAGCUGUGCUCUGAUGAAGGUUACUUUUAAAUAUUUAGUAGGUAUUGAUGGGCCAAGUGGUUAUGGCUCUAAAACCACUGCAGAGCAAGUUACUCAAAAUUGCUCCUUUUCCCUUUCUUCUCAGCUCACUGCAAUUAUCACUGGUGCAACAUUUGGGAUAGGAGCAGAAACAGCAAGAGUGCUGGCAAAAAGGGGUGUAAGAAUAGUUAUUCCUGCAAGGGACUUGAAGAAGGCAGCCAUGGUAAAAGAAGCCAUACAAAAAGAGAGUCCUCGGGCUCACAUAAUUUUAUUGGAGAUAGACUUAUGUUCAUUUUCUUCCAUUCAAAGAUUUUGGGCACACUUCUUGUCUUUAGGACUACCUCUUCACAUUCUCAUAAAUAAUGCAGGCAAAUUUUCACAGAAAAUGGAGUUUUCUGAAGACAAAUUUGAGCUCACUUUUGCCACAAAUUACUUAGGUCAUUUUCUGUUGACAGAGAUGCUACUAAAUAAGAUGGUAGAGACAGCAGAUCAAACAGGCAUUGAAGGAAGGAUUGUAAAUGUUACUUCUGUAGUUCAUAACUGGGUGAAAAGAGAUCAUUUCAACUUCUGUCAAAUGCUCAAACCUAACAUUUUACAUGCCAAGGAAUUGUCAAGACAGCUAAAGGCAAGAAAUGCAAAUGUAGCUAUGAAUGCUGUCCAUCCAAGUAUUGUGAAAACUGGAAUAACAAGGGAUCACAAGGGCUUUAUCACAGGCAUGCAUUUCCCUUUUUUGUCGUUUUGAGCUUUUUUUUUUUUUUCUUUUUCAUGUUUCCUUUUGCUUUUCUCUAAAAUUUUGCGACAGAAACAAACAGAGACAACUAAAUGUACCGAUGACUUUCUUCAUCAAAUUUAAACAGAUUCUCUCUAUUUUA